ACCUCUUUGGCCUACUAUGUGGGAUCGGACACGCCCAGAUUGUCCUACUAUGCAAUCUCUUCAGCUCAAGGGCGCAUACGAAACGGCCCGCACAGCUGUACUUGAUCUUGGGCCUUUGUGGAUGCAGCUUCAAUGGCUGACACACACGUCUAUUCAAGUCUAUCCCAUCGCAUACUGGACCCAAUCUAUCAAGCCUUGUACUGCUGAAGAACGUAAUAAUCGAAUUGCUAUCGCUUUCGAGUUCGACCUAUGUGUUGUUGCCUUUGUCAGCUACGACAACAUGUUCCAGGUGGAGUGGGCUUCCACUCGAGAUGGUCUUCGUGCACGGCAUGUACACGUUCUCGAUGACUGGACGGGUUUUCUCCAGUUUGUCGCAGAUUGGUACGAAGAACGGAUCGACAACCCAUUCAACAAACUCGUAACAUUGCUCGUGAAUGUAUUGAAGGACGAUUGGUCCGUUGGGAUAGGAGUCUAUACUGUCGCAGAGAUCUUAUUUCUCAGUGGCAUCUCACCAUUUCUCACUGAGAAGGAACUUACCCCGUCUAGAUUGGCUCGCGCCUGUGAAAGUACCUAUCAGUACGGUCUGACCACGAAGGGUGUGAUAUGGAAAGACGUGGUACUUCCAACCCUGCAUGACACCAUGAUCGCGCCAACUGAUGAACAGCGGCUGAACUACGCUUACCAUCUAUACGUCUAUGGAAAGGAAAAAACAUAUAUGCCUUCCCGGAUGGCAACAUUACUUGAUAGAUAUGAGGCUUUUGUUUCGUCUUCAGCCGAGGGCGCUAUCCCUAUGGCACUGCCCGCUGAUAUAUUCGAACCCACCUACAUCGCCGACGCUCUGAGCACGCCUGGCCACCUGGGCCACCUUGUAUUCGGACGGGAUAAGUGGCGGUCACUCGCUCCUUCUGGGUGGGAUGACUGUGCACCAGAUGAUCCUCUCACUGCUAUGUUUCGUCGGAGAGGAAUGUUGGAUGUCGAGACAAACCUAGAUAGCAGCUUAUACGGUGUCAUGCGUCUACGCGCGGAAGACAUGCGUAUACGUGUUCGUCCAACUUUCACAUACAAGUGUAGUGGCGACCUUGUAUGGACUGUUCAACAUGCUCCUCCUCCGCGACCAAAUAUUUUUCCAAUGACCAAAAUCUAUGAAGCUGAUGAUGGCCAGCGUAACGCCCAGAUCUUUCACAAGAGGGUGUUAGAGUCCAUGCAGGUUGCCAUUGGUCCUCUCGAAUUCUGCGCGAAUGCUAGACUGGUCAAGUCAAUUGAUGGGCGCAGGACGUAUGUUCUCCCUUGCCGGGUUGACCCUUUGGCCCCAGCUCAUCUCACCGAUCG